GGGACUGCUGCAGGAAACCGACAAGGCCAGAGUCUAACCCGACGCUCCUUUGCUGAAUACAAAGACAGUUUUUGCUUCGACGCAAGUAGACCCCGGGUCGGGCUUUUCCUCGAAAGCCACCCACCACCCCGCCCUUAUUUCUAAGGACAAAGAGCACCGGAGGAUCUGCACACUGGGGGCGCUGGGACAGGCCAUGGUCAUGGAAGUGGGCUCCUUGGAUGCCGGAAGCCUUCGGACGCUGCUGCGGGAGCGCGCGGCUCACUGCCUGCUGCUCGACUGCCGCUCCUUCUUUGCUUUUAACGCUGGCCACAUCGUAGGCUCGGUCAACGUGCGCUUUAGCACCAUUGUACGGCGCCGGGCCAAGGGCGCCAUGGGCUUGGAGCACAUAGUGCCCAAUUCGGAGCUGCGCGGCCGCCUUCUGGCCGGCGCCUACCACGCCGUGGUGUUGCUGGACGAGCGCAGUGCCGCCCUGGACUGUGCCAAGCGCGACAGCACCCUGGCCUUGGCUGCUGGCGCGCUCUGCCGAGAGGCAAGAACUACCCAAAUCUUCUUCCUCAAAGGAGGAUAUGAAGCUUUUUCAGCGUCCUGCCCGGAGCUGUGCAGCAAACAAUCGACCCCCAUGGGGCUCAGCCUCCCUCUGAGUACUAGCGUCCCUGACAGCGCUGAAUCAGGAUGUAGUUCUUGCAGCACUCCCCUCUACGAUCAGGGUGGUCCAGUAGAGAUCCUGCCCUUCUUGUACCUGGGCAGUGCCUAUCAUGCAUCCCGCAAGGACAUGCUGGAUGCCUUAGGCAUCACCGCCUUGAUCAACGUUUCAGCCAAUUGUCCCAACCAUUUUGAGGGUCACUACCAGUACAAGAGCAUCCCUGUGGAGGACAACCACAAAGCAGACAUCAGUUCCUGGUUCAAUGAGGCGAUCGACUUCAUAGAUUCCAUCAAGAAUGCUGGAGGAAGAGUGUUUGUCCACUGCCAAGCAGGCAUUUCUCGAUCAGCCACCAUCUGCCUUGCUUACCUCAUGAGGACUAACCGAGUCAAGCUGGAUGAAGCCUUUGAGUUUGUGAAGCAGAGAAGAAGCAUCAUCUCCCCCAACUUCAGCUUCAUGGGCCAGCUGUUGCAGUUUGAGUCUCAAGUCCUAGCCCCACACUGCUCCGCCGAGGCUGGGAGCCCUGCUUUGGCUGUGCUCGACCGAGGCACCUCUACCACCACGGUCUUCAACUUCCCGGUCUCCAUCCCUGUUCACUCUGCGAACAGUGCAUUGAGCUACCUUCACAGUCCCAUCACAACCUCUCCCAGCUGCUGAAAAGCUCCGGGAGGUGAUCUGAUCUUCACAGGACUCCAGAUUCUUUCUUGAGAAGAGAAAUGCAAUAACUCUGGGGAGGGGAACUCAUGAGGGCUGGUCCUUAUUUAUUUAAUUUCACUCGACUUCCACUGGGUUCCUAACAGUCCUAGUGUUGACUUCAUGUCAAAAUAACUGCUGAACUCAGCACAUUCGGGGCCAAUCGAUACUGGGCACACUAAGUCCCUCUGACAAGGGGCAGAAGAGAAAGAACUCUGUAUGAGCCAGUUUCUUUUUGCUUGCCCUGCCCCCCCUCUUUUUUUUUGUAGAAACUUCAUGCUUGGCAUACCUACCAGUAUUACCAUUCCUGACGACACAUAAACAUAUGAGAAUAUACCUUAUUUAUUUUUGUGGAGAUGGUCUGCCUUCACAAAUGUCAGUGUCUACUCCUAGAAGAACCAAAUACCUCAAUUUUUGUGUUUGAGUACUGUAAUAUCCUGUAAAUAUAUACUAGCAGGUUUGUUUUCAUCACUGAUGGAAGGAAAACAUCAGUGUUGGUUUUGUUUUUUAGUUGCCAACAGUUGUAUGUUUGCUGAUUAUUUAUGACCUGAAAUAAUAUAUUUCUUCUUCUAAGAAGACAUUUUAUUACAUAAGGAUGACUUUUUUAUACAACAGAAUAAAUUAUAGUAUUUCUAUUGAAAUCUCAA